AUGAAAUAUUAUAAAUUUGAUUUGAGAAAUUAUAUUACAAGAAGUAAAGACUUUUAUAAUAUUGAAUGGAAUAAAAAAUUAAAAAUACUCAGGUAUAUUGCCGAAGGACUUGAUCAUCUUCAUAAUCAAGAUAUUAUUCAUCGAGAUUUGCAUAGUGGAAAUAUUCUUUGUGAAAAUGAAGAUGAUGUAGUAAUAAGUGAUUUAGGAAUUAGUAAAUCGGCAUUGGGAUCCACAAAUGAUAGUAAUGUAUAUGGUAUUAUUCCAUAUAUGGCUCCAGAGAUUUUGCAAGGUAAAGAAUAUACUACAUCUUCAGAUAUUUACAGUUUUGGUAUGAUCAUGUGGGAACUUAUGACAGGUAGAUUACCAUUUGAGGAUCAAACUAAAGAUGUUGGACUUGUGAGUAAAAUAUGUUACGAUGGUCUUCUCCCUCCAAUAAUAGCCAAUGCACCUAAGGAUUAUAUUGAACUGAUACAAAAAUGCUGGAAUUCUGAUCCAAUUAAAAGACCAAAAGCUGCUGAUAUAAAUAAAAAGUUAUAUGAUAUAUUAGAAGAAGAAGUUAGUAAUCCAACAGAAAUUAUAAAAUCGUCAGAUAUUGCACCUAUAGAUAAUCCAAAAAGUAAACAAUUAAGCAAUGAAAUAUUUACGAUAAUUUCAACACUAGUGCCACUUUAUCCAAAAAAUAAUACAGGUGAAAAAAGAAUGAUUGAAAAUAAUCUGAUUGAAGAUACUAAUUGUGAAUUUUGUUAUAAAACGAAAGCAAAUGAAUUUGAAAUUGAUAUUUAAAAUGUAAAGUUUGAAUUAGUAGACUUAUUAUUUAUUAACUGUAUAUUGCAAAUAAAUUAUAUUUGAAUUCAUUAUUAUUUCUAAAUUAUGAUAUUACAAAUUCGUAAAUAUUAGUAUAGUACCUCCACCCUAUUACGUAAUUGAUUGUGAAACAUAGAUUAAAUAAAUUAGCCUUUUUUUUGACUUCAUUUUU